CAAACAAUUUUCCACCUAUAUUUUGAUUAUCAUCUAUCUUCUUGGUCUGUCUGGCUAUUCAUUCGUAUCCAUCGUUGGAACUUGGGAAUCGCCUUCUACUUGAUCAUCAGGAUUUAACCAUGUUAUCUUGAUUUUUCCCGAUCAUUAAUCAUCAGUCGGUUCCUGUAAACAGCUAUAAACAUACUUGGCUCAAUGGGGAUGGAGAAAGAAAAAAAACAGGGCUUGUUUGUUAAUGAUGGUUCCUUUAUGGAGAGGUUCAAACAGCUUCAACAAGAGAAAGGUGUUGCCUUACCAGAGUCUAGAUCUAACCCAACUGUACCGGAGACCUCAACUCCAAAACCAGUCAUUAAUAGAACGAGCCUUGGGUUCAAACCUAAAGACUCUCGGAAGGACACCCCAGUUUCUUCAGGUGGUAAACUUGCAUUCAGCCUUAAACAGAAGACAAAGCUUGUGGCACCCUCGAUAAAGCUAAGUGAAGAUGACGAUGAGGAAGAAAAAGAUGCAGACAGUCCAUUUGAUAAUGUUCCAACAAAGCGGCAGAAGUUGGGACAACCUGACAUCACUAGGAAUUUACCAAAACAACCUGAUGUUGCACCUCGUUCUCCUAGUGAUCCUGGCGUGAAGAAAGCUGUUGAUCACUUGGCAAUUUUUGUGGCCAAACAUGGAAGGCAGUUUGAGAAUGUUACUCGUCAAAAAAAUCCUGGGGACACCCCAUUCAAGUUUUUAUUUGAUGAAAGUUGUGCUGAUUACAAGUAUUAUGAAUAUCGGCUUAGAGAAGAAGAAAAGGCCUUGUCUCAGACCAAAGAUUCCCAAACAUCACAAAGUGGUGGUUCAGGCACUACUUCCUUGGAGAGUAGUGUCCAUAAAUCGCGACGCCAUCAUUCAAAUUAUCAGAUUCCCACCUCUGCAUUGUAUGAUUCUGAGGAUAAAGGAGGUUAUGGGGCAUCAGCGGGACAAUCUGGUGAAUUCAGUGCCGCCUCAGACAACACAGAUUCGGUGGCAAUGAUGGAGUUCUUCAUGAAGAAAGCUGCACAAGAGGAGAAGCGAAGACCGCCAAAGCAGUCAAAGGAUGAAAUGCCUCCCCCUGCUUCUAUUCAAGUGUCAGGUUCUGGGAAAAAGGGGCACCACAUGGGUGACUAUAUCCCGCAAGAAGAGCUGGAGAAAUUUAUGUCUUCCUGCAACGAUGCAGCUGCACAGAAAGCUACCAAAGAAGCUGUAGAGAAGGCAAGAAUCCAGUCUGACAAUGUCGGCCAUAAACUCCUGUCCAAAAUGGGUUGGAAAGAAGGAGAGGGUCUAGGGAGCUCGAGGAGUGGAAUUGCGAAUCCAAUAAUGGCAGGGGACGUUAAGCUGAACAACUUGGGAGUUGGAGCUAGCCAACCUGGAGAAGUGAAGCCUGAUGAUGAUAUAUAUGAGCAGUACAAAAAGCGGAUGAUGCUUGGUUAUAGACACAGGCCAAAUCCCCUGAACAAUCCCAGGAAAGCAUACUACUGAGGAACAACAACUCUUCUGAUGUAAAAGCCUUUUCUCCUGUUGCCUUUGUAUGGCAAAUGUUUUUUUUUUUUGUUAUUGGUUUGUUUUGUUUGGUAAUGCUGGGAUGUUCAAACUCUUUGCUUGUGUUUAAACAAAAGGAACCUGGAUUUAAUUGUAUUGUUGUUUUUGAAUGGAUAAACCAUAUGUUUGUUUACCU